AAAAAAUAAUGGAAGGUUUUAUCGGAUUAGGUGACAGCGGAUACUCAUUUUCAGAUUAACAUCUUCAACUUCUCCAACCUCGUCCCGUCCCUCCAUUUCCAUAAUCAUGCAUUCAACUCAUGUUGUUGCUCAACUAUAUUUAAAUCUUUAAACCCUAAUUUCAUAAACCCCUUUUGCUGUUCCAUUCAUCCAUUUAUGAAUUUGCCAGAACCAUGAACAUUCUCUCCCCACCCAACAAGCCCUUCUCCACCUACCAUGGAACCUGGAAUCCAUUGCUCUCCAACCAUCGCAAUAGGAAACUUCCAAAGCAGUUUCUCCUCCGUAGGUCGCUCACAGUGCAGUGUAAAUCCAAUUCCAACUCCUCUAAGAUCAGCGGUGCCAGCUCGGACGAUUUUGUGAGCAGAGUUUUGAAGGAGAACCCAAGCCAAGUGCAACCCAAGUACCUAGUUGGUGACAAGUUCGUUACUUUGAAAGAAAAAGAGAAUUUGGGUAGAAAGUUCAAUGUGGGUAUCUUUGAUGUGUUGUCCAAGAGGUUGCAGAGCUUGAAGCAUCAGAAAAAGGGUGAGGGAACUGAGAAUGAGGCUCAAAAUCAAGCCUUGGAAGAGAAAGAUUCUGUGCACUUGAGAGACUUGCUUAAGGAGUAUAGAGGGAAGCUUUAUGUGCCUGAGCAAGUUUUUGGCCCUGAGUUGUCAGAAGAGGAAGAGUUCAAUAAAAAUGUGCAGUCUUUGCCCAGAAUUAGCAUUGAAGAUUUUCAGAAAGCUAUGAGUAAAGACAAGGUUAAGUCAAUAACUUCAAAGGGAGAUACGGCUCAGUUCUUGAGCAGUGGUUAUAGGGACUACAUUGUGGAGUUGAAGGAAAUUCCUGGUGAUAAACGCUUGCACAUAACCAAAUGGGUUCUUAAACUGGAGAAUAGUGAAGCUGAAGAGAUCUUGGAGGGCUACACUGGACCACGAUAUGAGAUAGAGAGGCAUAAUACGUAUUGGGUAGGAAAAAUACCUGAGUACCCACAUCCUGUUGCAUCUUCCAUAUCUAGCAGAAUGAUGGCUGAACUUGCGGUGGUGACAUUUUUAGUAAGUGUUGCAGCAGUUCUCGUUAGUGGCUUCCUUGCAGCAGCAGUAUUUGCUGCUAGCACUUUUGUAUUCUUGGCUUGUUUCUACGUCGCAUGGCCUAUUGCCCAACCGUUUGUCAAGCUUUUCUUUGGAAUUGCUUUUGCAAUUUUGGAGAAGAUUGGGGAUGCCAUUGUUGAUUUUUUUGCUGAUGGUGGCAUUUUCUCCAAGUUUUAUGAGAUUUACACUUUUGGUGGCAUAUCUGCCAGCCUCGAUGCUUUGAAACCAAUUCUGAUUGUUGUUUUAACUAUGGUCCUUCUUGUUCGUUUCACCCUUUCAAGAAGGCCUAAGAACUUCAGGAAGUGGGAUCUUUGGCAGGGAAUAGACUUCUCAAGAUCAAAAGCUGAAGCUCGUGUUGAUGGUUCAACUGGAGUUAAGUUUUGUGAUGUGGCUGGAAUUGAUGAAGCAGUAGAGGAACUUCAAGAGUUGGUGAGAUAUCUAAAAAAUCCUGAGCUAUUUGAUAAGAUGGGAAUCAAGCCUCCACAUGGUGUUCUUCUGGAGGGCCCUCCUGGAUGUGGCAAGACCUUGGUAGCCAAGGCUAUAGCUGGUGAAGCUGGUGUACCAUUUUACCAGAUGGCUGGAUCAGAAUUUGUGGAAGUCUUAGUUGGUGUUGGCUCUGCACGAAUUAGGGAUUUAUUUAAAAGAGCCAAGGUAAAUAAGCCAUCAGUUAUAUUCAUAGAUGAAAUUGAUGCACUGGCAACAAGGCGUCAAGGAAUUUUCAAAGAGUCCUCGGAUCAACUUUAUAAUGCGGCUACCCAGGAAAGAGAAACUACGUUAAACCAAUUGUUGAUAGAGCUUGAUGGUUUUGAUACGGGAAAGGGUGUCAUAUUUCUAGCUGCCACAAAUCGUAAGGAUUUGUUGGAUCCUGCACUUCUUCGUCCAGGUCGCUUUGAUCGCAAGAUCAGGAUUCGCCCUCCGGGUGCGAAAGGAAGACUUGAUAUUUUGAAAAUUCAUGCUAGCAAAGUAAAAAUGUCAGAUUCUGUCGAUUUAUCCAGCUAUGCGCAGAACCUACCAGGAUGGACUGGAGCAAAAUUGGCACAACUGGUCCAAGAGGCUGCUCUUGUGGCUGUCAGGAAACGGCAUAACUCCAUUCUUCAGUCAGAUAUGGAUGAUGCAGUUGAUAGACUUACAGUAGGACCUAAACGUGUUGGAAUAGAGUUGGGAUAUCAAGGACAAUGUCGUAGAGCUACUACUGAAGUGGGAGUUGCAUUGACUUCUCAUCUGCUCCGGCGAUAUGAGAAUGCAAUAGUUGAAUGCUGUGAUCGCAUCUCAAUAGUACCUCGUGGUCAGGUCCUUGUUCAGCUUCCUUAACUGUAUCAUUCACUACUAUCUUGUGGAAACAUUUUCAGUCUUUCCCUUGACGACGAAGCAUAUAUGUUUGAACGUGAGCCUCAGCUGCUGCAUCGCCUUCAGGUUUUGCUCGGAGGUAGAGCUGCUGAGGAGGUCAUCUAUGGACGUGACACAUCGAAAGCCUCAGUUGACUACCUUGCAAGUGCAUCCUGGCUUGCUCGCAAAAUAUUAACUAUAUGGAAUUUGGAGAAUCCAAUGGUCAUACACGGAGAACCGCCUCCUUGGAGGAAGAGUGCUAGAUUUGUCGGCCCUAGGCUGGAUUUCGAGGGGUCUCUCUAUGACGACUACAACUUGAUUGAACCCCCGCUAAAUUUUAAGCUGGACGAUGAAGUUGCAGAGAGGACUGAAGAGCUGAUACGUAUUAUGUAUGGAAAGACGGUGUCUCUCCUUGGAAGCCAUCAUGCGGCUUUGCUCAAAGCUAUAAAGGUUCUUCUCAACCAGAAGGAGAUCAGUGGUGAAGAACUAGACUUCAUUUUGAACAAUUACCCCCCACAAACACCAGUUCGCGUUCUGGAGGAGGAAGAUGAUCCUGGCUACCUUCCUUUCCCCAAAGAACAAGUUCAUGAUUUGGAGUUUGCCUUACAAUCUCAGUCAAAGGAGGAAGCCGUAUGAACCUUUAUUUUAUAGCUGGGAAUUUGUUAGUGGCCAAUCAGUGCUUGUGCGUCAUGGAAUUGGAAUAAGCACAUUUCACUAGUAACGUCUUCAUAUAGGACCCUUUCUUCUCCUCUUCUCUUCUUCUUCUUCUUCUUCUUCUUCUUCUUCUUCUCUCUCAUCCCUUGUUUUUUAUUUGGAUUAAGUUAAAUUUUUGAAAUAUUCUCUUUUUGACGAAACUUAUAUAAAGCAAAUACUGUUGUUAUAAAAUGAUAUAAUAUUCUGUGUA